AUAAAGCAUUUAUCAAACAUAUCUGAAGUCUCUUCCAGAUGGAAUUUAAUGAGGAAUAUGUCCUUCUGCUUGAGCCCUCCAGCGUUGUGUUUGAUAUCAAAGUGGUCAGCCAUAACGAUAAGUGAAGGAUUUUAGAACGUAGUAAACUUAAAUUGAUUGAACAGGAAAGCCAAGAAAUCGCCCAACAAGCGAGGAAGGAAAAACAGAAACGAAUCUUACAAGGAACAUGGGAAGAAAAGAAGAUCAACUGGGAACCUUCUAAUAAGAUAGCACAAUAUAAUAUGCAAAUGGCUAAUAGGUUUGGUGGGUAUGGAGCCAAUCAGUUUUAUGGAAGUCCUCAAGGACUGAUGGCUCAUUAUCAUGGCAGUCCUAUGAUAGUUAUCAGAAAGGCCACCAAAAUGCCUGAUAAAAUUGAUACCGAGCGGAUAGAAAAUAAUAAAUUGCAAAUAAUGACCCCUGAUUUUGAAGAUUUUGCUUCUCAAAUUCUCCAUGCAAGUACUAGAAAAGAAUUAAAUCAAACUAUGAAAGUUCUUGCUUUACUAAAAGGGUUCAAAAUGGUUAUUCCCUAUGGAAAAGUUGAAACAAGGAUUACCUAUUCAUGUCAUAGAACUGGGCUAAGAAGGGGUGCUCAGUACUCAAAGAAGACAAAUUGUCCAUUCCAAGUGAUCUAUAAUAAAGUAGACCGUAAGCCAAACUAUUUUCUAGCUAAGUAUCGGUGUAACCAUAACCACCCUCUUGAUGAGCUAGAAAUGUUUGCAGGAGAAAUAGUCCAAAAGAAAAUCAACAAAGUGGUCAACGAGCUUAAGCAACAUAAAUUGAAAAAUCUGAUUAAUACAGGAGAAGGUUCUGAGGUAGGCACCAAAGAGAGUGACAGCACUUCAGGAGUCUCUCCUGAAAGUCUUGAUGCUCUCUGUCCUCCUGCAAGGCCUUCUUAUAAUUCAAAAGAAGUUCAGAUAGAUGCUCUUUGACAAUCAAAAGUGUAUUGCCACAUUGAACAAGGAGAUAUAGUCGAUCCAAUAAAAGAGGGUAAGCAGUCUAAGGCUAGUAUCUGAGAGGUUCUCCUCAGCUCGUUAGAGUAUAAUCCCAUAGACAGAACAGAUCUUAAGCCAAGAAGGCUAAUUUUGGAAACCAGCAAGAUUCUUGAGAAGGAUCUCAUCUACGACUACUUCAAUCAUGAUGUGAAUCGAGAAAAGUUAAAUCAAGAAGAGGAAAUCAAAGACGAAGAAGAGGAUGUCUAUGAAUCGAAAGCUCAGAUCCUCUCAAUUGAAAAUAUAAAGACUAGAACCAAGGAAACUCAAUAUCGCUACGAUAAGCUUACCAGGAUAUCUGAAAAGAUUUCUCCUUACAGAAUUUACGAAGUUCCUUCAGAUUGGAAGGAAGACACAGAUGGGAGCCCUUGAGAAGUUCUAGAGGAACUUCUCCCCACAUUCCAGUUUGGUGUUGAAUCAGACAAUGAAGAGCAGGAGUCAGAUAAUCAACAAGCUGAUAAAGUUAUCAAGGAAGAAAUCCAACUGGAGAAGAAUGAAAAAUGAUACCAACUUGAAAUUGAAAGCGAUACCGAGUCUGAAGGAGACAAUAAAGAUGCCAAGAAGGAUAUUCUUGAUCAAUCCUCCCAAAGUUCAGAAGAUAGUCAGAAUUCCAAUGAUAUACAGACCAUAGCAGCUAAAAGAAAAGCAGAUUCUAUGGAUAUUAGUGAAGAAGUUGAGACUGAGAUUGAUAAUGAUAUUGAAGGCCGAGAAAUAAUUGGAGAAGCAUCCCAACCUCAAAAUCAAAAUUUGAAGAAACUUGGGCAGUUUGCUCCAACUGAAGCGGUAUAUUCAGGGAUUAAAAGAAAGAGCCCUCAAAAAGAAUAUUAUUAUUCAUCAGAUGGAGGGACCCUCUAUGUGAAUGAUUAUUUACAGAAGCACAAAUCAAAAGCAGGUGGAGUGAAAAGAGUCAAGAUUCAAGCUCAUGAGCAUACCUGAGAUAUUAGUGGGGAUGAAUCCGAAUAAUUUUUCAAUAAAUAUCUUAAAUAA